CUCGGCUGCGAGCGGCUGCCCUGUCCGCGCCCAGCGCCGACUCGUCGGGCUCCCCGCCGCAGACCCAGCACGUCGGCUCCCCGGGGCCGGACCGAGGCCGCAAGCAGCGCCGCGGGGUGUGGGGCGGACCCAGGAGAUGAAAUGACAACGUCAACCCUCCAGAAAGCCAUCGACCUGGUGACGAGAGCCACGGAGGAGGACAAAGCCAAGAAUUACGAGGAGGCCCUCCGGCUGUACCAGCAUGCGGUGGAGUACUUCCUCCAUGCCAUCAAGUAUGAGGCGCACAGCGACAAGGCCAAGGAGAGCAUUCGAGCCAAGUGCGUGCAGUACCUAGACCGAGCCGAGAAGCUGAAGGAUUACUUGCGGAACAAGGAGAAGCACAGCAAGAAGCCAGUGAAGGAGAAUCAGAGUGAAGGCAAGGGUGAUAGUGACAGCGAAGGGGAUAACCCAGAGAAAAAGAAAUUGCAGGAGCAGCUGAUGGGUGCCGUUGUCAUGGAGAAGCCCAACAUACGGUGGAAUGACGUGGCGGGGCUGGAGGGGGCCAAGGAGGCCCUCAAAGAAGCUGUCAUUUUACCGAUCAAAUUCCCACAUUUGUUCACAGGCAAGCGCACACCCUGGCGAGGGAUACUGCUCUUUGGACCCCCUGGCACGGGGAAAUCCUACCUGGCCAAAGCUGUGGCCACGGAGGCCAACAACUCCACCUUCUUCUCUGUGUCCUCCUCAGAUUUGAUGUCCAAGUGGUUGGGGGAGAGCGAGAAGCUAGUGAAGAACCUGUUCGAGCUGGCUAGGCAGCACAAGCCUUCCAUCAUCUUCAUCGAUGAAGUGGAUUCCCUCUGCGGCUCCCGAAAUGAGAAUGAGAGCGAGGCUGCCCGAAGGAUCAAAACAGAGUUCUUGGUCCAGAUGCAGGGGGUGGGGAAUAACAAUGAUGGGACUCUGGUUCUUGGCGCCACAAAUAUCCCCUGGGUAUUGGAUUCAGCCAUUAGAAGGAGGUUUGAAAAACGAAUCUACAUUCCGUUGCCAGAGGAAGCUGCUCGGGCGCAGAUGUUCCGGUUGCAUCUGGGGAGCACUCCCCACAGCCUCACAGACGCCGACAUCCACGAGCUGGCCCGCAAGACGGAGGGCUACUCUGGGGCCGACAUCAGCGUCAUCGUGCGGGACUCCCUCAUGCAGCCCGUCAGGAAAGUGCAGUCGGCAACACACUUCAAGAAGGUCUGUGGCCCUUCUCGCACCAACCCUGGCGUCAUGAUCGACGACCUCCUGACGCCAUGCUCACCGGGAGACCCCGGGGCCAUGGAGAUGACGUGGAUGGAUGUCCCUGGUGACAAACUCUUAGAGCCUGUGGUUUGCAUGUCGGACAUGCUCCGCUCUUUGGCCACCACCCGGCCCACGGUGAACGCAGAUGACCUCCUGAAAGUGAAGAAAUUCUCAGAGGACUUCGGCCAGGAGAGCUAAAAGCUGCUUCCUUAGGGUGAUGAAGGUGGGAGAUCGACUGGGGCACAUCCAUGGUUCUCUCUGCGUCCGUGGCCGGACAGGGCUCUGGGCUCGUCCUAAAGUCACUACAGCAUCCCCUCUGCUGGCGUGCGUCCGGGAGCAGGAAGGACGGGCCUCGCAGGGCCUGGCGGCCAAGAGACGCUCCGCCGCCCGUGUGCACACGGUGGACUCCGGCUCUCCCCCCUCUCCUCUUCUCGACGCUCACCAAUUCUCCUGCUUAGCCUGCCCACGCAUCGUCUUUUUCUUUAACAUUUUUUUGUUCCCCUAAAUUAAUGCUGCUUGGAUUUCCGUCUUGUUUAUAAAUAAAAUCACCUGGACACAACAAGGAGUGGGAGCAGCUGAGCUGUGGGUGGCACAGCAGAGCCCCCAGACGGCUGCCAGGCCCCGCUGCCUCUGCUCCUCUUAUGCCCAAGUUUGCUUCCGUGAAAACACACUGGCUGAAGCCCCUGGGUCCCCAGGCCAAGCUUUGCCUGCAAAGACUGAGAGUAAGAAAAGCCAUUCCCAUCCACCCCAUUUGCAUCCGGGCCCCGUGUCUUCCUCGCAGCAGGAGGAGAUGGCUUCUGUGAGCACAAAGCUGGCGCGGUCGGGUGCAGAGGCAGGUGGUGGGCGGUCUGCACGGCUGCCUUUCCUCCGGGUGUGAGAAUGCUGAGCGCGGCCACUGCCCUGCCCCGGGUCCGUCUCCUGGAAAUGGUCUAAUAAACCUCUUCCCUUCUUGA